UAUAACGCUUUGUUUUCAUUAUAUUUUAUUUCAUUUAUAUAUUUAUUGUAUAAAUAUUGUUGGUGUUAUUGUUUCAUUCAUUGUUAUUUUUCCUCGGGGUUUUUGUUGCUCUUGCUUUAUUUAGAUAACUUUAUUUUACGCAGGCCCCCCGUCCACGUGUUCUUCAUUCCCUUUUUGUCCUCUCCGUCUCACUUUGCUUUGCUGCUGUGGCGGCCCAGACGCCUCGGCGGCCGCAGAACUCGUGCCACUUGGAAGACAAAAGCCGGAAGACAAAAGCCGGAGAGCAGCAUUCGUCUCCGUCCGGGGACGUCCCGGUCCAAACAUCUCACAGGAGCCGGAAGGGGGUCCCGCUGAAGCUUUUAUUGCGGACCUGGGGGAAAUAAAACACAGCGUUCCUCAAACACAACUUGUUUAGAGAGCGACCCGCUCCUACUGUCCAGAGCGUGUGCAAAGGGAGCUCAGGGUGGAAUUAAUUUGGGGGGGAGCAGCAAAGCUCUGCAGGAAGCUCAAGUCUCACAAGCAAAGAGUUGUUUUGUUGCACUGCAGGACUCUGCGUGACACACAAUCCUCAUUUUGCAUUCUCUCUGUCUGUCUGUUCUCUCCCGUCAAAGACCUCCUCUGAUCAGGAGACCUCGUGAGAACACUGGGCUCUUGUUGCCGGGGGAACAGAGCAGGGGGCCGAUGAGCGGAGCUCCGUCUACCUGCUCCUGUGGUAAGAUGGAGGCUCCCGGUCCGCUUCACCGCGCCGCUCACCGGCAUCCCCCAGACGGCGUGCUGCAUGGUGUCAUUGUGCUGCAGGCGGUAAGGCAAAGAUCUCUGUAAUACUGACUUUUGUUUCCCUAAAGAAACAACAACCGUCAGUUACGAUUUCCCACAUGAACUGUAUUUUAACAGUCGUCACGAGGAGGGCAGAAGAUCUAGGGUGACCUCUGGGGUGAUGUUCGACCUCUGGGCUUCAUGGUGUGCAGCAGCUGACACGUUUCCCUGGCAGAAACGACAACAUCUCCAUCUAGUGGUCAUAUUCACGCACUGCACAUACACACACACACACACACACACACACACACACACACACACAGGAUCAGUCUGGAAAGGUGUUUAUCGUCAACGUCAAAAAAUACAUUCAAAAGAAAAAAAACAACAAUGAUUUCAUCCCGCUAUGCCUGUAUGAUCUCAUUUAAUAUAUUCCUCAAGGUUCCUGCAGAGAUUAAAAUCACAUCAAUAGACCUCAGUGUUGUGCAAAAAUGUGCAUUUUCUUUAAGGCGUACGUUGAUUAAUGCGUUGAUGGAUGCGUGAACGGAAAAGGUCGUCGUGGGGUCGGUGCUGGACACACUUCCACUUCCUUUGAGCGUCAGUGAUGGAGGAGCAGCUGGGGAAAAGGAAUACACAGGACACGGUUAAAGUCGACUAAAAUAUGGGGUGUCGUUUAUAUUUCAACACUGUGGAUACAAUGUACACAAAGCUGGGGCAUAAAAUGAAACUAUAACAACUUUGACACUCCAUAAAUCACUUAAUUAAGUCAUUUGUCGAACGUUGACAUCCAAACACUCUCUGGUAAAGGCCUUUUUCCCUUGUGAAUUAAAUAUUGUUUGGACUUUUAAUCUAAUCUAAUAAUAGAAAUAAGUGUUGGUUACAGCCAUAAUAGUUUCCAGUGUUUGUGAACCAUGCAUUCCUAAUAUUUAAUUUUAUCUUCAGAUUCCUCCUCUCUCGCUCCCUCUGCUUAUGUUGUGAAUUUUCAAACCCUUUCUGAGCAGACAUGACUUGAACCCAAUUUCCUCUUUGGUGAAAUACGUUUCAAAAGUCCAACGGUGAAUAGCAAGAGAAGACCCGCGUAUCAAUAAAUCUAUUUCACAACGCAGAGCGUCUCCUCCAACGAGCCUGUCUCAUAAUAAGUUGUACUAUCGGGAUGACUCACGUUCACUCUGCGGCUGCACACGGGCAUCCUGCGUGCGUGCGUGCGUGUGUGUGUGUGUGUGCGCUGUGAAAGUCAUUACAACAACAAGGAGCCUCUCGAGCUAAUUGCUCCUUCACUGCGGCAUUCUUUACUUCAAAUUAAAAACAUAAAUUAGCACAUCUAACUAAAUGAACCUGGUUAAUGGGUUCAUGUUUUUACCUCCAUAACGACGACUGCUCGAGGUCAGGACCAGUCGGGUCACACACACGCACGCACGCACGCACGCACGCACAGCCUUACGGCGUGUGAAUCAUCUCCCUUUGGAGGGAUGCCGCGCGCGACCUGGAGGCAGAAACCGGGGAAGACGAAGCGCGGCUACCUCCGGCGAGUUGCUGUAAUUGGGUGAUUAAGGCCGAUGACGUCAGACAAGAGCUUUCUCUUUUUUUUCUUCUCUUCUUCUCUUUCCACUGAAUGAACGAUCACUCAGCCUUCGUUCACGCGGGCGCACGCGUCGGCGUGGACGUGAGUCACCAGCGCGCCGGGCUCAGGCGUUGUGCCCGGAGGCGGGGAACCAACAGGGCGACGUCGGCACCUAAACAAACAAAAACAAAUUGGAUUAUUAGAGGAGUGCACCUGCCUUCGUCAUUCCGCCUCCACCGAAUCGGCCACAGGCAUCCGCUGAGUUUUUAGGGGGCGGCGGCUUCGAAGACGCGGAACCUUUAUUUCCCAUUCCCGUUUCCUCCGGAAGAUUUUAAAGCACGCACACUUUUCAGAGAGAGACGUCCAUGGCCGUUUAAAGAGGACGGCGGCCGUCGUGGGAUUCUCAUACUUCGAAGCCGACAGGUGGACCGUGAUGCAGUGCGGCUGGCCCCUGUUAGGUCCGCUGCAGUGGAUGCGUUACGUCAACAAACAGGUGAAAGUGAAGGCGGGAAAAGAUGAGGAGCGCCGCGGCUGGCUGCUCACCGUGGACCCGGUCUCCGCCAGCCUGGUGCUGGUCAACUUCGGGGAGGAGGAGGGGAGGGCGUCGGUGCAGGUGGUGAUGGGUCACGCUGUGGAGGAGGUGGAGGUCCUCCAGGAGGCCGACGAGGAGACCACGCAGCGUCUCCAGACCUCCUUCCUCCCCCCGCAGACCCGCAGCCUGGACCCGGCGGAGCUGAGGAGGAGGAGAGGGGGCGUCCGGAGGUGGCUGGAGAAGAACCGGUUCCCGGUGGAGGAGGAGGGGGACGAGCUGAAGGUGGCGGGGGUCCUGACCAUCGCUGCCCCGUACGGACCCGAUGACUGCUACAGCUCCAACCAGAUCAUCCUGGACCGCAUCCAGAAACUGAUGCGCAAUCAGGUCCAGCUCCAACCAGAUCACCCAGAAACGGAUCCAGCCUGAUCCAGGACUCGGCGAUUCAGAACUUAAUCCACCAAUCAGAUCCCUGCUCCGUGUCCCCACCAAUCAGAGGGCGCUAGCAGCUGUGAUUGACGGCUGUCCUGCAACCAGUUUGAGUUCAGAUUUUGUUUUUUGUUUGAAUCAUUUUUUUCCAAUUUGGGGUGAAAAAAAGAAUUUGAAUCAAUAUUCAGAGUUCUCGCUCUGCUGCAAUAGUCCCAGUAAUUGUUUUGGAGAUUAUAUUAUGGACAUGUCUGGAAAUGAUUUAAAUUGGGAAAUGUUGAAAUUAUUAUUUAUUUAAAAUGACUAAGUUUAAAGUUCUUUUUUUUUCCUUUUUGUACAUUUUUGUAGUCAUCCUGCCGUUACUAACGUUGGUUGAGAAAGAAAAGUUGGUGGUUAAGUGAGUGUAUAUGUUCAAAACUUGGGAAGAACAUUAAAAAAAACUCAGACUGUGA